CCCUCCACGGGCUGGUGGCUCCGCUUCAGCUGCCCCCUUCUCCCACCCCUUGUUAGACCCCAGCGCAAGGGCUGCUCUUCGGUGAAGUUGUGACUGACGCUCAGGUCGAGGAGAUGAAUCAAAAUGCAGCACACAACAUGCACAGAGGACAGGAUCCAUCAUGCUCUGGAAAGAUGUUUGCAUGGGCUUAGCAGAAGUGCUGUCUCCACCACCACGUGGACAGCUGGCCUGUGCCUCAACUGCUGGAGCCUACAGGAAUUGGUCAGCCGAGAUGCAGGAAACUACCUCAUUCUCCUGGAGAAAAUCCUGCAGAAAACCAAAGAGGUCCAAGAUGAUUGUGACUAUGACCUCCUCACUCCAUUGGCUCUGCUCUUCUACUCUGCUGUCCUGUGUACUCCUCACUUUCCCUUAGACUCCGACCUUCUUCGCAAAGCCAUUAGCAUCUACCACAACUUCCUUACCUGGCCUGUGCCAUAUUGCGACAUCUUCCGGGAGCUUCUGACCUUCAUCAGUGAUGAACUCAAGGCCCCAGGUAUUUCAUACCAGAGGCUGGUGCGAACAGAGCAGGGACUGUUCGUGAAGAACUACCAAAACUCCACCAUAACGGUGCUGCUGCUGAACCCCUCCGAAAUUCAGAGCGACUUCCUGUCCAUUGCUGAGAAGCUGAGUGGCACCGAGCAGCCGCAGCACAGCACUGUUGUCACAUUAAUUGAACACAUCUAUCAGGCCAACUUUGGAAAUCAGUAUGACUUAAGCAGCUUAUGUCAAGUACUGAAGUCAAAGACCUUAGAAGUGCUCUUAGACAUCUAUUCUAGCAUCACAGACGCCCUGGAGCUGGCAGCUGUUACUAGCGACCCUGCCACAGCCAGAGAACAGCUGAAGUUCACGCUACAGGACAUUGGGACAAGAGCAAGCUUUCCUAAAAUCACAGCAGCGUUAGCCCAGUCAUAUAAACCCCACACAAUUCCAAUCCCUGUUGCUCGAUGUUAUGCUUACAGCUGGGAUAAGGAUAAUUUUGAUAUCCUCAAUGAGGUGCUUAUCAAAGAAUGUGACAUUGCUAAGCCAGUCGUCUUGGAAAAUGAAGAGGAGGAAGAGGAGGAGGAAGAGGUGGAAAUUGAUGGCUGUUUUCCAGAAAGGGACUCACUGCUUUCUUCCAUUUCAGCCGUUUCCAAGGAGUCUGUGUACCCUGCUCUAUCAGAGGACAUGUCUAAGCAUUCGAGGAUAUCCCUUUUCACCAGUUCCAAGGACUCUCUGUCAGAGCUGUCUCUGGUCUCCAAGAAGACAUUCAAGUCCUUUGUCUCAAGCCUCAAGGACUGCAUGGACAGUGGCUAUGCAGAAGACAGCGAUGAGAGCUCUCUUGAGGUUCUGGGGAGGCCAGAGCUGAGGGAGAAGACACUUCACAAACAGAGGCAAAGUCUGACCAAUAAGAUCUACAAACUCUUCAAGAGCAGAAGCCAGCUGGUCUUGAGGAAAGACCUGAAAGACUAUCGAGACAUAGGGUCGCUCUCACUGCCUCUACGCCGGGCUGAGAGCCUGGGCAAUCCAGAAGCCAAGCACCGCAUCCCAGCGCGCUCCCGGAGGGCCCACUCCCUGCCCCAGCACGUGCUGAGACUACGCCUGCCGCCGCAACACACAACCCAGAAAGUGUGCGUCCAGCGCAGGCCUUUUCUCAGUUAUGAUGAGGAUACCAAGGUGUCUACUUUGCGUGUUGUGGUCUUUGGGUCAGACCGCAUCUCAGGAAAAGUGGCCAGGGCCUACAGCAACCUCAGAUUGCAAGAAAGCAAUUGUCCAUUACUGACAAGGUACUUCAAGCUGCAGUUUUUCUACAUCCCUGUGAAAAGGAGCAGUUUUACCUCAUCUACACCACUGACACAUCCUCCUUCUCCAGGAGAACCUCAUCUCAGAGCCUCAGCACAAAUGGUGGAGCCCUUCUUGGCUGGGAUGGAAAGCAGCACCACUGAUAUCUCCAAUUACAUUGGGAUGUUGGACCCAUGGUACGAGCGCAAUGUUCUUGGACUGAUGAACCUGCCCACAGAUGUCUUGGGCCAGCAAUCUGUCAAGCCUGAAAUGGAGCCACAAGAGGACUCCAGGGAGCAGCUGCCUAUCCUGGCUGACAUGAUCCUUUACUACUGUCGGUUCGCUAUGCGCCCAGUGCUACUGCAGCUCUAUCAGACAGAGCUAACCUUGAUGGGGGGGCAGAAGAUAACAGAGGUCUUCAUCCAUUCCUUAGAGCUGGGGCAUUCAGCUGCCACUCGGGCCAUCAAAGCUUCAGGUCCAGGCAGCAAAAGGCUGGGCAUAGACGGGGACAGAGAAGCAAUCCCAUUAACACUACAAAUUGCCUAUAGCAAGACAGCAAUCAGCGGAAGAAACCGUUGGAACAACGUUGAAAAGGUCUGCACGUCUGUCAACUUCAGAAAAGCCUGUAAGAAACAUGAAGAACUAGACUCAAAAGUGGAAUGCCUCAACCUAACCAUAACAGAAGUUGUCAAGAGGCAAAACUCCAAAUCAAAGAAAAGCUUCAAUCAGCAAAUCAGUGUGUCCCAGAUUAAAGUGGACAAAGUCCAGAUCACUGGAAUCAACUGUUCCUUUGCUGUGUGCCUGGACCAGGAUGAGCGGAAAAUCCUGCAGAGCGUAACCAGGUGUGACGUCUCGGCAUGCUACAAACCCAGGGACAAUGAACCCUCUGGAACGAGGAGAUCCUCUUCAUUUCAUCUUUCUCAAGACCCUUCUGAGUUUUGUUCUCUUCUGUGCUUGCCCAUUGUCACCUUUAGUGGAGCACUGCCAUAGAAAAUCCUGCAAGGCCAGGCUGACAUGCAAGAUCUCACUUUGCUUCAGACCAUCCAGACUUGCAUCCAGUGCAUCAUGGUAUCUGUGAAAGCAGUCUCCUAGAGGAAUCCUCCUCCAUCAGGUUGGAGACCUAGAUCUUUCCACCAAUGACAUCCUGGAACCUAAAGCAUUAGUACAGUGGACAAGCUGUUCUUAGUCUGGAUAUCUAACAUGCAUCUGAGAAAGACUAAGGUCCCUCCAAAGGUCUGGUUGUUGUCAUGAUACCAGGCUCUGGGACAGAAGUGAUUUCCUGAAAAUCUCUAGAUGGUGCUGCAGAUCUCUGGUUGGAAGGGGUGGGGUAAGAAGAGUUGAGACACCUUUUCUGACCAAGGAUGAGGAAAUGGUGGUGAACUGUAUUUGAAAGAACCUUGCAACUAGUGCAGAUACUGGGGAGAAUAUGAUAGAUGGACAUAAUGAGGGACAUACAAGGAUAAAGAGAUUUUUACUGACCAUAGGGUAUAAAGUUGCCUUAAAUGCCUGGUGAGCUGCAGACUACCCUUAGACUAUUCUGAAGAUGCUUCACCCAGAGCAAAGUUGGGUUCACCUUCAAAAUUACAAAUUAUGUGGGGUUCAGAAACAUGUUCACCCUUAAGGGGGGUUUUUUUGUGGAUGGGACUUAUUUGUCCUAUAGGUUGGUCCAUAGAGAUGACUAGAUUAGGGCUAGAAAGAUGAUUGUGGCUUAGUGGUCAUGCCAGUGAUCUAGUGCAAUAGGUUAUAUCUGGGGUUAUUUUAUGCACCAAAUGAUAAUUACUGUAAAACCAGGUCACCCAAGUGAUUAUUUUCUAAAAACACAGUUCCUGAAGGAGACAGGCUCCCCUUAUCAGAUAAAUGGCCCUGUAUCCUGCUUACCUGCACUGAAUCUUACCUUUAAAAGAGCAUGAAAAGGUAAAAUGUGAUACUUGCUUUGAGUGCUGUUGAAAGAAUUACACUCACAAGAAGGUAGUUCAUGGGACCAGGAGCCAAAUACUGGGCAAGCCACUGUGCUGAGUGUGAAUGAGUUCAAAUGUAACAGAGAGACAGAUUUGCUGCAGACUGCCCUGGGAUCAAAAACACUAGUGACACCUACAGUAGAUAUAAGAUGCUGAACUCUGCAUUUCUUUCUCCAACAAUCCAAGGAAAGCCUCUUAACUUCCUUUUUUCCAGUUAUAAGGCUAUAGGUACAAAGUGCCAGAAAGGUGCAAUACCUGUGGGUGCUGUCUGACCACAGAGACAAUAAGAGGUGGAAGAGUUUGUUAACCUUCUCAGUGAAGUAACUAUUUGCACACACACGUGGCUGUGCUUCCUGGCAUGGUCACUGCUUGGCUUGUUGGUUCCUAAUGUUAAGAUGGGCUUGGUCAAGUGUCCCCUGCUAAAAUGGCCUUUACCAGCCAGAAGAGGAUCACUGCAUUGAUGGUCUUCCUCCAUGGCUACUGGGAUUGGCUUGGCCAUGUAGAGGUCAGUUCAAUGACCUUUGAAAUCAGAAAACAUGGGAUUUAUUUUGCCACUGGUUUCAGUGGGAACAAAUUCUUAGUGAGUGCAUGUUGCAUCUGUAUCUGCCUUUGAUUUUAUUAUUUUGAGACAUUCAGUAGUUGAAGGAUUAACUUGUAUAGAGAUGUCAGGAGCCCUUUUGCCCUUGGUUGCCUGAGAUACGUGUAGCCCAGGCCCGUGUGCCUGAGUUUCUUCUCAUCCUUCCCAAGAGGGCUUUGUACCCAGUGUAUUUUUGCUGGGGUCUUGCUGAGGUUUUCUGUAGCUACAGCUCAGAAGCAAGCGAGCUGCACUCAGAAAUUCAUGUGCAUAAAUGGGGGAAAUAGAGGUUAUCAUAGGCUUCUUACGUACCCCUCCCCAUUUUGUUUUGUUUGCAUUUUAACCCCCUCAAUUCCCAGCAUUCUUUGCUCCAACCAGAAGGCACCUCUCUCCAGAUUUUUAAUGGAUCCUUUAUUCCAGCUGUGCUGCAUUCAAGUCAGCUAGAAGGGAUACUGCUGAGAAACUUGAUUUGUUGAAGUACUUAGAAGGAAGGCAGGUUUAUAGUAUUCCAGGUCCUGCAGGCCUUGGGCAGCAAGGAGUCAAGGCCCUCAUUCUCAAAGCCCCAAGCUGGUUGAGCUUUGCCCCUGAGAUGUUGCUCAGUGGGUACUCUACACAGCACAGAUGCUUCCCACGUGUCAUCCAUGUGGACUAACUACCACCCUGUCCAUCACUUUGAGGACUGGCUGUUUUUGAACACAUUUUCUGGUCUGGAGGUUAAAAUGGGAGUGAGAACUCCCACUUAUGGUAUGAGACCUAACAGCAAGUUACUGCUUCUGAGCUUUUCUGGGGAGCGAGAGGAGAGAUUAAGACCUUCAUGGAGCAAGCCCUCUCUGCUAGGCAUAGAUCCAAAAAUGGUGCCUUUUCUAAAAGCCUUGUAAUCACUCUGUUGUUAGCCUUCAAGCAUCCCCCUUCUCCCCUGCCCAAAUUUCCACUCUUGUUAUGUGCAUGAAGACCUUGGAUGUUUUUCAUCUGCAUCCUGGAGGGCUCUGAAAAGUGCCUACACAGGGCUGAGGCCUGUGUUUCUUCUCCGACUGCUUGAAUAAUGCCAUCACUAGGUAUUAUAAAGGAAGACCUUGCAUGCAGUGAAGUGGGUCUCAAGUCUGUGGCAUCAUGUGGCCCUGCACCAAUGGGAAUUCCUGGUUGCAGGGAAACUUGCUUCUAUUGCAUAGCUGAACCUUCAAGAAGGAGCCAGCUCCCCAUAUUAUAUCUAUGGAACCAAGAGCAUCUACACCCUUAAUUUAUUAUUUGCACAUAAUAAAACCCCUCUAGUUUUGUUCUCAGUGAUCAGUCCAAAGAAAAUGCCAAGCUGCUAUCAGCUUGCAACAUGAGUGGCAAGAGCUUUCUCCUCUCUGAAGGAACUGGGUCAUUUUAAAACCACUUUCACAGAAACAGCCAGAGUGCGUGAGUGAGGUCACUAACCCACACAAAGAUUUGAGGCCCCAAAACAGAAAUUGGGUUUGAUACACAUCCCUUCAGUUUCCCCCUGUAAAAUAGUCGUGUUGUUUUAUUGCACUAUACUCUAACUUCAGCCUAUCAAAGGACUCAGUAAAGUCUUUUUUAAUGGAUCUUUUAUUCCACACAUUUGGAAAAUAUUUUCCUAUUGACUUUUAAUUUUUUAGCAAACCAUUUGACUUUUUUUGUCUGUUGAACAGUUGAAAUGUCGCAGCUGGUCUUGUUUGUUUGUUUUAACACUUUUAAACAACACCUCUACUUGUCAGAAUGCUGUUCGUGAUCUUAGCAACCAUGACUAAAUAUAUCCUUGUCCCCACUAAUGGUGCAAAUGUUGAUGCCUCAGCUGGCCCCUCAAAAAUAUCAGAAAAUAGAAUUUCCCUGUGAUGAAGAAAAACAAGCACAAACCCUAUGGAUUUAUAACCCUGUUCCAUUUUACGGUCUUAGAUUUGUUUUAACGAUAGAACUUUUCAGGCUAAGCUGUACAUAUGUGAAACAUCAGUAAGUUUGUGUAAGUAGCUGUGCUGAUUUGUAAAAUAUUGUUCAAAGAACUUCUAAGAUAAUUAUUAAAUGUUGAUUUAUUUCAUGUACAAUGUGAGUGAAGUGUCUGUACCAGCCAGGUCCUGAGUGGGAAAGGGAAACUGGAAUAGCUGGUGCUAAAAGUCCCCUGCAAGGUUUAAAUUCAUGGCUUAUCAACCUAAAAACAAUGGUGCUACUGUGUUUCAGCUAAAGUAUUAUACCUUUGAUUGACAGCAGUGGAAAGCUCAAGGCCCGGGGACCCAGGCAGUAGAAAAGGUGAAGAUCUACAGUGGGUUGUACAUGUUUUUCUAUAAGCAAAGAGCAACCAGUUCAAUAUCAGUCUAAACUUACUUUUAUAUCGGACUAAGG